AUGACGGAAUCAAAACACAAUGGUUUGCCAAUAACUCCAACAUUUAUGGAUGACAAACAAGCUGGUAAUUGUCAGGAAGAUGAUGAAUGUUCCGUGAAACAUUAUGAAUCCGGUUUUUGCGAAAAAUCUCCUGAUCUCUGCUGUGUUAGAGGAACAUUAACAUUUUCGCUUCGUUAUGAUUUCAUUCAUCGUGUAUUAAUGGUCCACGUCAUUCGGGCUAAUGGUAUCCCUGCUGAAAAUUCGGAACCGUAUGUAAAACUUUGUCUAUUACCGGAAAGACGGAAUCAAUAUAAAACUCGCAUUUUCAAAAAUUGCUCUGAUCCAGAAUGCAACGAAAUGUUUUCAUUUGAUGUCAGUCAUGCCAAUUUAUCAAGCAGAAUGUUACAGUUCACUGUGUACAAUUUUGUUCGUUUUACGCGACAUGGUCUCGUAGGUAACGUCAUCUUACGUGAUUUGUUCGAGAAAUCAGAACUGAGCACGUGGACUGAACAUACUAUGCAAAUUAUCGGCACUCCGGGUAAAGAUGAUUUCGGUGACUUAUUGGUUUAUUUGUCAUAUUCCAUAGCUGAUCGAAAAUUAUAUGUUACGGUCUCAAAAGCAUAUAAUUUAAGACCAAUGGAUAUUACCGGUGCUUCAGAUCCUUAUGUUAAAAUCGAACAAAUUUAUCAACGACGACGUGUGAAAGCACGUAAAACGUCAAUCAAGCGAGCUAAUUUAAAUCCCGUAUAUCACGAGUGCCUCGAAUUUGACCUUCCUUUGAAUGAGAUCGAAGGAACUAAUUUAUUAGUUCGCGUAAUGGAUUGGGAUAGGAUUGGUCAUGAUGAUUUGCUUGGUUGUUGUAUCAUUGGUAAUAAUAGUCCAAUGCCAGAAGGCAGGAAACAAUGGAUGGAUUGUUUCAAGGAUUUAACUAUUAAUGCGAUUUGUGACGACUCGGAUCGUCAACCGGUUGGUACCUGGUAUAGUAUUUUGGAUGAAGUACCGGAAGAGUUUCGCAAAGUUCCAAAAGCGAAGAAAUGA